GGAGGGAUUGACAAGUCUGAAACACACAGUCCGUCCCCUCACACUCCUCCUAGCCCAGCACAGUCCACGCUUGAUUCCUAGCGUGGAAAUAAAACGAAUUGCUAGUCGGUCGCCCGGAUGGAGAGAAGGACAGGCAUCUUCACGCGUGGAGGACCUUCUGAAAGCCUCGGCCGGAUCUCCCGCAGCAGAGUCCGCUGCUUAACCGAGACAACUUGCUGACAGCUCGGAUUCGACUGACAUCGGAGUUCCAGAAAUGAUGCCGAUGUGUUCGCAAUGUGCCUUGUGGGGCUUUCAAGCAGAGUACGCGCUUCGUGAGGGGGAAGCAGGCUGCGUCCUGCCCAGGAUUAGGGAUUUUGAGUCUUCUUCUUCCGUGACAAGGCACAAGGUGUAGAAGAAGCUGUGGGCAGAACACCGUGAAAUGUCUGCCCCCUUGAGCCCUGGUCCUCAGCCCCACUCAUGGGAUGUGGAUUCAUAAAGCCUCGCAUUGGAUUCGGCCACUUGGGAACACUGAGGGUUCAGCCCAAAGUCUCGCUCUUCCUGACUAUGAUCUUCCUUUUCACCUACUUUUUCUACUGCCUGACCGGGUCCUGCUGUGAGUCUCAGCCGGGUAACCCCUCUCCGCGGGCAGGGCUGGCGGCAGCCCAUGCGCCGUCUUCUUCCAUGGGGACCUUGGCCAGUGGUGCCCAAGACCCGUUGCACUCCGGUUCUGCUUUGGGGGGACUCUUGCGCUCUAGGUCUGUUCUCGGAGACCCAGUACACUCUAGCGCUGUUUCUGUGGAGAAGUUGCAGCCUGACAUGGUUCUUAAGGACUCCAUAGAGUCCAACUCUUAUCUUCAGCGCUCUUUGCACUCCGGCUCCGCUCCGAAGGACUCCUGGAGCUUCGGUUCCGCACAGGAGUACCCUGCACACACAAACUCCGCAGGUGCCGAGGAGGCACGGAACUCUAUAUCCAAUGGCUCUGCGGGGAGAUUGACGGGACCAUCUCAUCCCACCAAAGCCGUGCACAGACACACUCAAAGCCCCGGUGCUGUCUCCAUUCACACCGGCGCUGGGAGUAAGAAGUUCCCCCAGGCUAUAAUUGUAGGUGUGAAGAAGGGUGGAACCCGGGCACUGCUGGAGUUCCUUAGAAUUCACCCAGAUGUCAGGGCGCUGGGGGCCGAACCCCACUUUUUUGACAGAUGCUAUGACAAGGGACUGGAAUGGUACAGGAACUUAAUGCCUAGGACUUCCGAGGGGCAGAUAACCAUGGAGAAGACACCAAGCUACUUUGUUACUUCGGAGGUUCCAAAAAGGAUCUAUAACAUGUCCAGGGACACCAAGCUCAUAGUGGUCGUUAGAAACCCAGUGACCAGGGCUAUCUCUGACUACACGCAGACGUUGUCUAAAACGCCAUCCCUUUCCAGCUUCCAAGCGCUGGCCUUCAAAAAUUUCAGCACGGGAAUGAUUGACACGUCCUGGAGUGCCAUCCGCAUUGGGAUUUAUGCAAAGCACCUGGACAAUUGGCUCCAAUACUUCCCACUUUCCAAAUUCCUAUUUGUUAGCGGGGAGAGACUGGUCAGUGACCCGGCGGGAGAGAUGAGCCGCGUUCAGGAUUUCCUGGGACUCAGGAGGGUCGUCACGGAUAAACAUUUCCACUUCAACGAGACCAAGGGAUUCCCUUGCCUGAAGAAGCCCGAAGGAAGCAGCAGGCCAAGAUGCCUGGGCAAAUCCAAGGGCCGGCCACAUCCCAACAUCGAUAAGAACGUGUUGAAGCGUCUUCAAGAAUUCUAUAGGCCGUACAACAUGAAGUUUUACCAAAUGACCGGUCAGAACUUUGGUUGGGACUGAUACUAAUCCUGAGAGGCGAGGUGGAGGAUGGACUGGGCCAUAUUGAAGGGUUCUUUUACAUGUUUAGAUCUUUUUUGCCUUGCCAAUAACACAAUGCCAUGGAACUGAAUCGAGAACCCGACUUAAUGCUUCAUUCCUUCCUAUAGAUAGAGACUUGCCUUAGCCUUUUUUUUAAUGUAUGUAUAUAAUUACCUGUUGGAAAUGCACCCAACAAGAGGAUCCGUUCUCUGUAAUCUUACCGCUCUCGUCAGUGGACAUGUAAAGCUCAGAUUUCUGGGAAAACAUUAUUAGCUUUUUAUUAUUGUAAUAAUUAUUUAUAUCAGAGAGCACGGUCAUUAUGUAUACUGAAUGAGUAGAGCUCAACAUUUGAAGCACAAGGGGAAUAAUAAACGCAAUUAUUAAAAAAAAAA